GAUCGAGCCAAGAUUGCUGCCAUUGAGAGAUUGCCACCCCCAUCUAGCGAGAAGGCCGUGAGAAGUUUCUUGGGACACACAGGGUUUUAUAGGAGAUUUAUCAAGGACUUCUCGAAAAUCUCAAAGCCUCUUUGUAAAUUACUCGAGAAAGAUGUGAAAUUUAAUUUUACAUCUGAUUGUGUGCAGACAUUUGAGGAUUUGAAGAAGACUUUAGUAAGCGCGCCCAUCCUCAUCACCCCAGAUUGGAGCCAACCUUUUGAAAUCAUGUGUGACGCAACCUUUUAAUUUAAAUAUUAAUUUUGUUAGUAUUAAUUAUUCACCCUAUUUCAGUUCACGAGUUCAAUUCGUCGAAUCCAUUCCAUAAAUCCAUUAUAUUUGGCGCGACGUCUGAUUUCUGAUGCUGGGAAGAAGGAACGCAUCAAUUCAACCCCACCCGACUCCGGAUGCAGAAAUGGAGCGGGAAAUCCACCCGACUCUUCAACAAAUAGUCAAUUUGAAGUUAGUGGAGAGCGGAGAAAAAGAGCGAUUGAAGGAGUUAUUAGUGGAGAGGCUUGUGGAAUGUGGCUGGAAAGAUGAGAUGAAAGCCCUCUGCAGGGAGUUUGCAAAGAAGAAGGGAAGGGAUACUGUAACUGUUCAUGAGCUUGUCAAAGUCAUAACUCCAAAAGGAAGAGGUGGCUUUUGUACCGAUUCAGUGAGAGCAGAAAUGCUGCAGCGAAUUCGCUCAUUUCUGGCAUCAACUACUUGA